UGCAACGGAAAAUAUGCGUGUUUACCAAAGUCGUUUCGGUACAACGGCGCCGUGUGUUGCGUCACGUUUAAGGAAAUUGAUAGUGAACCGAGGUCGCCGUGACUAACAUAAUUGCAAAUUUAUAACCAUUAUAAGUGAAUGAUUUACAUGGUUGAGUGUUAUUUUGUGAAGGUGUGAUAAAAAUAAUCCCUAAAUAAAUCUCCCAAUGAUCCCCUUGGAUGCCAUACAAGUGCGACAUGCCACGAGACGAAACAUGUCCGAUCGAUAUAACCUUGCUGCAUCGACUCAAUCGGCGAGAGCCGAGAGUCGACAAGAUGGCGGCGAGUGGGGAGCGGGCGCCCAGUUGGCCAGGUGCUGCCGCCGCGUCGAGUUCGGCGCUAUAGCUAACUAAAUAGGUACGCAGUGUUGUACAUUUAGAACGUUCACAAUGGCUACCGCGAAAGACACGUCUACUUUCUUUCUCGAAGCGGAUGCAAUACAAUUCGAUAGUGUAUUAAAGUUAUAUCCACAAGCGAUCAAAUUAAAGGCUGACCAGAAAACAAAGAAACCAGAGGAGCUCAUUAAAUUGGACAACUGGUACCAGAAUGAACUGCCAAAGAAGAUUAAAUCAAGGGGGAAAGAUGCUCACAUGAUACACGAAGAGUUGGUACAGCUCAUGAAAUGGAAACAGGCGCGGGGGAGAUUCUACCCACAACUAUCAUAUCUCAUAAAAGUGAACACGCCCAGAGCUGUGAUGGCGGAGACAAAAAAGGCAUUCAAGAAGCUCCCGAACAUAGAAUCCGCGAUGACAGCACUCAGCAAUCUGAAGGGCGUGGGCACAGCCACCGCAUCAGCGCUGCUCGCGGCUGCCUGUCCAGAAAUAGCACCCUUUAUGGCUGAUGAAUGUAUACAGGCCAUCCCCGAAAUGGAAGGAAGCGACUACACUGCCAAGGAAUACCUCAAUUUUGUUAAACAUAUUAAAAACGUCUGUGAUAGAUUAAAUAAGGAUCAAAACGGUUGUGGCAAGAAAUGGUCUCCACACAUGGUCGAGCUAGCGAUAUGGACACACCACAUAGUUUCGGAUCUCCAGCCUGAGCUCCUGGGCAAGGCUCCCAAAAUCGCGGUACCCACUAAUGGUGGAUCACCCUUACCCAGCGACGAGAGUAACCUGGAACCGCCAACAAAUGGCAAUGGUAAAAUAUCAUCAGAAUGCGCAGAGGACACAACAUCGUGCACCGAAGACUCAAUGGAUGCAAAAGGAGCCUCACCCUCGACCCCUGCCACCCCCGCGUCGCCUUCAGAUAACUCAGACUCUGCGUUAAGUACGCCGCGUUCGAAACGGCAAAUAGAAGAAGCUAGUUCAGAAGAGAACUCUCUGGGAGACUCCUGCGAUGCCGUCGAGCCGGCCACGAAGAAACUUAGAGAAGCCACACACUGACACACACGCACACACACACACUUGAACGUUCGAUCCUAAAGCAAACUGACCUCACACAAGCAUAUUGUUGACCUAUAAAUGUUACCGCUGCAAAAAUAUACAAUAUGCUAUUACAUAUUUAAUUAGAUAGUAUUCAUGGAGUUCAAAAUAACUUUUUGUACAGAGUUUUUAUAAGCAAGCUAUAACUUGAGCUCUUCGUCGUUGAUUAUUCGUGACGUUUACGAGAAAUGAAAAAUUAUAAGAAAUGACCCCGGAUUUCAUGUGACGGAUAUUAUUAUUAUAUUUUAAUUACAUUAAUUAGUCAAUAAAAUAAUAAAUGCUGCUGAAGUAUACGAAAACAAAAUAGAAAUGCGAUACCCCCAGACUUAUUUUGAUAAUAUAUAAGUUGCUUAGUAUAAUUAUAAAAUGCUCUAAAUCUAUACGAAAUACCACACACUAGACGAAAAAGACUACUUUUAAGAUCAACGUUCAAUGUCCGUGCUUGUAGACUUCCCUCCACUAGGUGAGUGUGGACGGGAAUUAUUUUAGAAUAAUAACUAUUGGUCAAACGACAAAAUAUCUGAUGAGGAUAGCAUUUUGGGUUUUCAUCUCUCCAUAUAUUGCUCAAACAAUACUUCAUUCAUAUUGUCAUCAGGUCUAAAAGAAGUUAUCUUCAUUGACCAAUAAAUUGCCCAUUUAAAAUAAAUACUUAAGUCUCCGAAAUACCUAAUACAAUUAAAUUUUUUAUGAGUUGAAGCAAAAUUAUAAUAGUAUCAUAGAUGUACAAUCUAAAAUUUAUUUUAAGACCUGAUAGGAAAAAUGUAUGUAAUUUUCUGACAUUCAAUUCAAUGCAACUAUAUUUGAAAUAAUACCUACCAUAGUCGUUUGACCAAUCGUCGAAUAUAAUUGAACACCGCCCACCUAGCUGUUUAUAGUUUUAUAAUCUGACAACGUCGCUUAGUUAUCUUACUGUAAUACUUAUAAUUUUGUUGUUAACGCGAAAAAUAUUAUUAAUAAACCAUAUUGUUACGUGUGAUAAUUUUUAAAAAAUACAUCCUACUCCAUAGUUUUCUGUAACCACAAUAUAAAAUUUUAAAUAAGUUUAUUUUGCUCAUUAACUCAAUUUUGAAUUUUUAAGUUUAGCCCGCAUUACGAAAUGUUAUUAAUAGGAUACCUGAGCCUAGUGGACGGAGAAGACUUAAUAUUGUACCUAGGUAAUUUAUUUUCAAUUCCGUAUAAUGUUAACGUAGCCUUAAGUUUAAAUACCGAUUUUGUAAGUUUAUAGGGUGAUAAUUGAUUAUUUUAAUGUUUAUUUUUACGGAUGCGUUUUCGAUUUAAAUACGAGACGAAUACAAUUAUACGAGUGUCCCUUCCAUUGGAACAGCAAGAAAUCUGAAAUUAUUAACGAAAUAACUUUCUUGUUUGGAGCGGGCGAUAGGGCCUACUUUAGUUUUUGUAAUUAAUUUGAAAGAGGGUUCGCAUCCAUAAUGAUUAGUGACAUUCCAUUAAUUGUAUAACGAUAGGCGACGCUCAGCUGGAGGGGGGGGAGUGGGGGGUCAGCGCCGCAUCAGGACCAUUUGCCUUGACAACAGACUCCAUUGCCUUAUGAGACAGUCUGCCGCAGAUUUUAUAUGCAACAAUAUAAUACAAAGGACGUGUUACCCGGGCCCCGGGACACGGGCCCACAAUGUAGUUUUUAUUGAACAAAUAUAAGAUAUUAAUUUUAUAA